AUGGUUGCCUCUGCUGUCCGAAUGCGCAUUCCCAGCGCCAUGUUGUCGAAAGGCGGCCUCUGCGUGAGGCGGCCUCAGGUUAUUCACAGAUUCAAGGACGCUGUCCAACCUCAAUUGCCUGCCUUAUCCGCCCUCUCCCGUUUCUAUGCCUCCAAGUCCUUCCCCCCUCACACCAUCAUCAGCAUGCCUGCCCUCUCGCCCACAAUGUCCGCAGGAAACAUUGGGGCUUGGCAGAAGAAGGCCGGUGAUUCCCUGUCGCCGGGUGAUGUUCUCGUGGAAAUCGAGACCGAUAAGGCACAGAUGGACUUUGAAUUCCAAGAGGACGGUGUCUUGGCCAAGGUUCUGAAGGAGACUGGUGAGAAGGAUGUGGCUGUCGGCACUCCUAUCGCCGUCCUUGUGGAGGAAGGAACAGAUGUCGCCCCCUUUGAGAGCUUUACUCUAGAAGACGCCGGUGGUGAUAAGGGAGCUGCACCCGCCAAGGAGAGCAAGGAGGAGCCCAAGGCUGAGGCUGCACCAGCCCCUUCGACGCCCGAGCCUGCACCCGCCGCUCAGGAGCCUGAGACAUCUACUGAGAAGCUCCAGCCUAGUCUUGACCGUGAGCCCAACAUCAGCCCUGCUGCCAAGGCAUUGGCCCUGGAGAAGGGUGUUCCGAUCAAGGCUCUCAAGGGUACUGGACGUGGUGGUCAGAUCACCAAGGAAGAUGUGGAGAAGUACAAGCCUAGCGUUUCCGCCGCCGCCGCCCCUACAUAUGAAGACAUCCCUCUCACAUCUAUGCGCAAGACCAUUGCUACCCGCCUGCAGCAGUCGAUGAGAGAGAACCCUCACUUCUUCGUUUCGACCACUCUGUCCGUUACGAAGCUACUGAAGCUCCGCCAGGCUCUCAACGCUUCUGCUGAGGGCAAAUACAAGCUCUCCGUCAACGACUUCCUUGUCAAGGCUUGUGCCGCCGCUCUUCUGAAGGUUCCUGCGGUCAACUCGAGCUGGCGCGAGGAGAAUGGCCAAGUUGUCAUCCGCCAGCACAACACCGUUGAUAUUAGUGUUGCCGUUGCCACUCCUAAUGGUCUUAUCACUCCCGUUGUCAAGAACGUACAUGGUCUUGGCCUUUCCAGCAUCUCUAACCAGAUCAAGGAUCUCGGUAAGCGCGCUCGGGAGAACAAGCUCAAGCCUGAGGAGUACCAGGGCGGUACUUUUACCAUCAGCAACAUGGGCAUGAACCCUGCUAUUGAGCGGUUCACCGCUGUCAUCAACCCCCCUCAGGCUGGUAUUUUGGCCGUUGGCACCACCCGCAAGGUUGCUGUUCCCGUUGAGACCGAGGAGGGUACCUCUGUUGAGUGGGAUGACCAGAUUAUCGUGACUGGCAGCUUCGACCACAAGGUUGUCGAUGGUGCUGUUGGUGCUGAAUGGAUCAAGGAACUGAAGAAGAUUGUUGAGAACCCCCUUGAGCUUCUUCUUCGCGCCCCUAACCCACCACGAACCUAUCUGAGUGAAACAGGGGAAAGCACGGCCUCCCUAGUUGACGUCGACUCCCCGCAUGUGGUCUCAGUAGACUCGGAUUUCCUCAACAAGGAAGUGAAGACCAGUACUCAGGCUGAUCGCUUAGAACGAGAGGCACAGGAGAAAGAGGAGCGGAAAGAGCAGAGGAAGGCGGAGAAGGCGGAAGCGAAGGCUACGCGCGCCGGCCAUGUCGCCAAGCGCAACCCUGUCUUCCUCGGGAAUGCCCUGCUGUACGCCCUUGUCGGUGCCGCGCUCGGAUAUGGCGCAUACAGGAAGCAUGCUGAAGGCAAGCUGUCGUGGAAGCUUGUUGGAACAUGGACUGGUAUCGUCGGAGCCUUCAGUACGGUCGAUUACUUUGUCAGCAAUCUUCUGCUAUCCGCCGCGAUCUGGACACAUUCUCUCAGUCGCCCGCAACAACAUCUGCAGCUUUACAAGAUUGCAGCUUCCUUGGCGUCGCUAUCACGCACUAUCGAUGACUAUUCCGCCUUGUCCAAGAAGGAACUGAUACCUGAGAAGCAAGAAAAGGCGUUUGAAAGAGUCAAGAAUUUUCGCGCCGAGCUUGCGGAUUAUAGGACACACUUUGAUCAACUCCGAAAGGAGCGUGAAGAAGCUCAAUCGGUGACAAAUCGCAACGAGCUGCUUGGCCGACGACCACACCACGCAGCGACUCCCGAGAACCCGUACGCCCAGUCUUCCCUCCCCCAAUCUUCGCCUUUCGCAAACCCUUCAUCAUCCCGCUCAGGUCUCAGCUUCGGAGCUUCACCAGCGGAUUACACCAGGGAGACGCAUGCGCUCCGAGAGCAAUCCUUUUUUGCCAACACGAACUCGCAACUGGAUGAAUUUCUCGAUAGAGGCCGCGCUGUUUUGACAGACCUUGGGCAACAGCGCGAGGUGCUGAAAGGCACGCAGCGCCGGCUAUACAGUGUUGCGAAUACCCUGGGUGUGAGUGGUGACACGAUUCGAAAAGUCGAACGAAGAGCAAAGCAGGACAAGUGGAUAUUUUGGGGUGGUGUUCUCGCUUUCUUCCUCUUUUGCUGGUUGGUAUUACGCUUUUUGAGGUGA